GGAAGUACUUUUCACACGCCUGAUUUCCUCACUAAUGCUGACAUAGCUCUGUGAAGCUGAAAGUGACCCGUGUAAUGUGCUCGGGGGGUAAUCUCUACUAAAACAGGUAUCUCUCGUCGUUCUGUCUGCGCUCGGAUAGACGGGACACAUCCACCAUGAGCACCAUGUUUGCAGACACGAUUCUGAUCGUGUUCAUCUCUGUGUGUACAGCGCUGUUAGCCGAGGGGAUUACCUGGGUUUUAGUGUACCGGACUGAAAAGUACAAGAGGCUAAAGGCUGAAGUGGAAAAACAAAGCAAAAAACUUGAGAAGAAAAAGGAAACCAUCACAGAAUCUGCAGGACGUCAACAGAAGAAGAAAAUCGAAAGACAAGAAGAGAAACUGAAAAACAACAACAGAGACCUGUCUAUGGUUCGCAUGAAGUCCAUGUUCGCCAUAGGCUUCUGCUUUACAGCUUUGAUGGGAAUGUUCAACUCCAUCUUUGAUGGGAGAGUUGUGGCCAAACUGCCAUUCGUGCCGCUGUCCUACAUCCAGGGACUGUCACACCGCAACCUGCUGGGCGAAGAUUACACCGACUGCUCCUUCAUCUUCCUCUACAUCCUCUGCACCAUGUCCAUCAGACAGAACAUCCAGAAGAUGCUCGGCCUCGCACCCUCCAGAGCUGCAACAAAACAGGCUGGAGGCUUCCUGGGACCUCCUCCUCAGGCAGCCAAGUUUUCCUAGUGAUCAGACAGUGCUGCUCCUACAAUCACAUCAGUGCUGGAGCGAACACAUAUUAUCUGUUGCAGCUACACUACCUUCUGUUGGAUUUUUCAUUCAUAUUUUGUUUAUUUAACUUUGAUUGUCUCACUUAGAAAUUAGAGGAAGAAAAGUUGUUCUUAAUUAGUUGAUUACCAAAGGAUACAAACGUCUACCUUGUAUUCAGCACAGGCCAUACAUUGUUUUGGGAUUUUAAUGAUUAAUUGGCACAGUAACAUCUGAUCCAUUUGUCAGUAUUAUUGUAUCCUCAUUUCUUACAUAUUAAUAAAGUUUUAUGAUUAAACUUUA